AUGCCUGCAAGAGUUACUCCACAGGCCAGCUCAUGCGAUCCACCGGUGAUUCCGCCAGCUAUAAGCGAUCUGCCAAUCAAGUGCUGCACUCCCACAGAGGAAGAGAUCAACAGCGCAAUCAAGCAAUUAAAGAACGGCAUAUUUGCAGGACCUAACAGCAUACCUGCAGAAGCGUAUAAGGCUGACGUGGAGACCAGUGUGGCGCUACUUCACCCGCUCUUCAGCAAGAUAUGGGAAGAAACAGAAAAUCCAUCAGAGUGGAAAGAGGGUUACCUCAUCAAGCUUCGCAAGAAAGGGGACCUCAGUUCCUGCUCCAACUACCGAGAAAUCUCACUGUUGUCCAUCCCAGGAAAGCUGUUUAAUCGCAUCCUGCUAAACCGAAUGAAAGACGCAAUGCAGGAAAGGAUUAACAUGGUAGCGAACAACUCAGGUAGACUGGGCCUCACCAUCAAAAGAGGACAACCAGUGAGGAACGGAUGCAGCCAUCAGAACCCGCAUCGGAAUAUCCUCAAGAUCCGCUUGCCAGACAAGAUCUCCAAUGAAGAAUUAUGGAGAAGAACAAAACAGCAGCAAUUUGAAGCAGACAUCCUUCAGAGAUGUUGGCGGUGGAUAGACCACACCCUUCGCAAGCCUGCAUCCAAUGCGACGAUGCAAUCUCUCACAUGGAACCCCCAAGGAAAAAGGAAAUGA